AUGGUUUGGACAAGACCCAUUGCAACCACCGGUUCCAACAGUUGGCAUACGUUUAAGGCCAAGGAUUCUGAUAGUGAUCAAUUAGUGGUCUACCGUGUCCAGGACUUGACGGAAGAUCGGUAUGAAGAUAUGAUUCAACAGUUUCUGGACCAUUUCAUAGAAGAAGAACCGAUUUCCGUAAGCAAGGGAAUUUCAAAAGAUCAAUCCGCCCGUGAUGGAUUAAUUGAUCUGUGGAGAUCGACUCUUAGGGAACAGAUGACCCUGGUUUGUUACAAAGAAGGGUCAGAUGAAAUUAUUGGAGCGAAUAUUGUUGUUGUGAGAGAAUCCGAGGAAGCUUAUGACGAUGACGCUUUCCCUGGUGGCGAUCAGGCAGAUGUGCGUGCCAUUUUUAAGUAUGUGUUGGCUCAGUUCGAUCCCCUCAAAUAUUACGGCGUAGAUCACCGCCUGAUCGCGUACGGUCUCACCGUUAACAAACGUUACCGAGGUCGCGGAGUCGCCACCGAAAUUCUUAACGCUCGAGUACCGAUGUGCAAGGCAUUCGGGAUAAAACUAGCGGCGCAUCCAUUCUCAGCUCCCGGAUCUCAGGGAGCAGCACGGAAGGCAGGAUACCGGACAGACUACGAGAUAACUUAUGACGACCUUGCCGAGUUGGGACCAAAGUACACACUGUCCGGGAUACAAUCGAAGAGUUUGAAGCUGAUGAGUUUGUUGAUUGAAUAAUGGGUUGGCUUUACUCAUUUCAAAAUUGAAAUCUACGUGUCUAAAAAUCCCUACACAAACAGACAAGUUCAAAAUAAA